AUGUGGCAAUCAAAUGCAAAGUUAAGUAUAGCAAGAAGGGGUGUUGGCAAUGGCCUGGUUGCAGUUGCCAUAGACAAAGACAGAGGAAGCCAAUAUGCAAUCAGAUGGACAAUCGAUAAUCUGCUCUCCAGAGGCCAAACUAUAAUUCUCAUUCAUGUUUUGAAAAGGGCGCCGUCUUCAUUUGGAAAAAAUUAUUACGCCCACGCUCUGAAUGGAGCUGCACCUGUAGACAAGCAAAUAGUCGAAAAGAGUGCGGAAGACCUAUUCCUCACCUUCCAUUGCUUUUGCACACGUAAAGAUAUUCAAUGUUUGGAUGUUGUACUUGAGGAUACAGAUGUAGCAAGAGCAGUAACAGACUAUGUUACCUACUUUGCAAUUGACAACUUAAUUCUUGGAGCGUCGCGACAUGGUUUUAUCAGACGACUGAAAAUGGUAGACAUUCCGACAAGUGUAUCCAAAGGAGCUCCGGAUUUCUGUACGGUUUAUGUGAUCUCAAAAUCAAAAAUCUCUUCUGUGCGGAAUGCUUCUCGACCAGCACCUUUUGCUUCGCCUCUUUAUAAACAAAUACAACAAUUGCAAGAGCAAGCGAAUAGUAAUGGUUUUUCCCCUGAUGCGCGUCCCAGGCGUAUACCUAGCAUGAGAGCACCUGAUAUGACACCGCGAAAGGCUCCUGGAAUGCUCGGCGACAAUGAAUUUAUCAAGUCGCCAUUUGCCAGGGGAAGAGCGUUAAAUGGAAGGUCAUGUGCAGAGUUCUCAGAAUUGGUUACUGAUAUAUCAUUCAUAAGCUCUGGCAGGCCAAGCGUUGAUAUCGUGUCUACUAUGCUCUGUGAUAACAUGGAUACAAGUCGAACCUCACGUGUGUCAACCAGCUCAGAAAGCAGUUUGGGGUCAGCGCGCUCCUGGGCUAAGGAUAGUGAAUUGAGUUCCUUUACUGAUUUUUCAUCGUCGUCACUUCAAAACGAUGACGUGGAAUCUGAAAUGAGAAGGCUAAAGCUUGAGUUGCAGAAAACAAUGGAAAUGUACAGCACAGCCUGUAAGGAAGCACUAACGUCAAAACAGAAGGCGGUGGAGCUUAAUCGUUGGCGAAUGGAAGAAGAACGAAGAUUAGAAGAGGCUCGACUUGCAGAGGAAGAAGCAAAAAUAGUUGCUGAAACAGAGAAAGCUAAAUGCAGGGCAGCCUUAGAGAAUGCUGAAGCAGCUCAGAGAAUUGAAGAAUUAGAAUCACAAAAAAGAGUUAAUGCUGAACUGAAAGCCAUUAAAGAGUCAGGGGAGAAGGAGAAUGAGCAAAAUACAUUAGCUCAACAGGAAUUAAUAUACAGGCGAUACACUAUCGAAGAAAUUGAAGAGGCAACAGAAUAUUUUUCAGAGUCUCGCAAGGUUGGAGAAGGCGGCUAUGGCCCUGUUUUCAAGUGUUAUCUCGACCAUACACCAGUGGCAGUGAAGAUCUUACGUCCUGAUGCUGCUCAAGGAAGGUCACAAUUUCAGCACGAGGUUGAAGUGCUGACUUGCAUGAGACACCCAAAUAUGGUUAUACUCCUUGGAGCCUGCCCAGAAUAUGGCUGUUUAAUUUAUGAAUACAUGGCUAAUGGUAGCUUGGAAGACCGUCUCCUCCGGAAAGGAAACACGCGCCCACUCUCGUGGCAACUUCGGUUCCGAAUAGCUGCAGAGAUUGCCACAGCCCUUCUCUUUCUUCACCAGACGAAACCCGAACCACUAGUGCACCGUGACCUCAAACCAGGAAAUAUUUUGCUUGAUCACAACUUUGUAAGCAAGAUUGGUGACGUUGGAUUGGCUAGGCUUGUCCCUCCUUCUGUAGCUGACGAUGUAACACAAUACCGAUUGACCUCAGCAGCCGGAACUUUUUGCUACAUUGAUCCUGAGUAUCAACAGACGGGAAUGCUCGGAGUUAAAUCCGAUGUUUACUCGUUCGGCAUUGUGCUUCUUCAAAUACUAUCUGGUAAACCAGCAAUGGGUUUGACUCACCACAUUGGCCGGUCAAUUGAGAAGGGGACGUUUGAACAGAUGCUCGAUCCUUCCGUGCCAGAUUGGCCAGUUGAAGAGGCCUUAAAAUUUGCAAAGCUAGCACUACAAUGCGCAGAAUUAAGACGAAAAGACAGGCCAGAUCUUGGCAAGGUUGUUUUGCCUGAGCUUAAUAGAUUGAGAGAGUUCGGCGAAGAAAAUAUGACCCAUUUCUUGGUAGUUCGCGGUACCACUCCCUCUCCUAAUCAGAGUGACGCGUCUUUAACGCAGCUCAGUUGCUGA